AUGGCUGUCCGAGCAGUAAGCCGAGAAGAAAAAAACAUUGGUAGUGGUCGACCUGGUGGCAUAACUUUUGGUACCGUAAGAAAAGCACGAACAGAUAAUUUGAAAAAAGGAACAACAACUGAGCCAGAACCGUUUGACCUAUUGAGCACCACCGAAGUAAAUCCAGGGACAACAACAGAGCCGGAACCGUUUAACCUAUUGAGCUCCACCGAGAUAAGUGCAGGAACAACAACGGAGCCAGAACCGAUUAACCUAUUCAGCACCACCGAGAUUCAUCCAGAUUCUUUGGAAGGAAGCAACGGACGCUCUCUCGACGAAGACGAUGAUUCAAAUAUCGACUUCAUUAUUUUCGUGAUCCUUUCUAUUGUCGCUGCAAUUCUCCUGAUAGCCAUCAUCCCGAUCUUGAUCGGAUGCCUCGUAAUAAAAUCAAAAAGAGAUCGAAGAAGACGUACCAGGAAAGCAUCGGCCGGCAGUAUGGCUGGGAAACCUCCCAAAAGAAAAGGCCACCGCGCAAGGAAGAGUGGGAGAAGAUAG